AUGGUUCACUGGACAGCCGAAGAGAAGGCCGCUAUCAACGCCGUAUGGAAGAAAGUUGAUCUUGAGCAUGAUGGUGGAGAUGCCCUAGGAAGGUAAUUCGAACAUUUUAACGUAAAAUGUCUCGUUCACGGUUUAGUCAAUAUGCUAUAAUGUGCUGAUUAAACAAUACAAUUGACUAAUCUCAGCAUUUAAUCGUGAUAUUCUUGUGGACUUAUUUAUAAAAUGUACCUUUAACAUGAUUUCAUUCUCCAGGUUAGCAUUUUACUAUUUGUCUUUUUAAAAAAUUUAAGAUUUAAAGAGGGACCCUCAAUUCCCAGCAAUUUUAAUUAUUCAGGGAAUUUAAAGUGGAUUUAAAGGUGAGAAAAGACAAACUGUAAAUAUUUUCCAACCAGUGCUUCUAGUUUUGUUAUUUUGACCUUAUAAUUGAAAUUCAAUUUUAUUUCUCAUGUUAUCAAAUAACCUUGAUUAUGUCUACUAAUGCCUAUAUUUUACAAUUAUGUAUUUGUGAGGUGUAAAAAUAUAAAAUAGAUAUAGAAAUCUACACCUCUUUAUACUGCAACUGGGUGCCUCCAUCUUAGCUCCUUGUUAGUCAUUUCUAUAAUCUGUGCCUUUGGCACCUGGCAGUGAGCAUAGAAAAAGCAAACAGAAAAUGAAACAAUGUUUCUGUUUUUUCCACUUCAUUUGCAAUGUUUUCCUUGGCUUUCCCUUCCACAAACUAGAUUAUUUCAUUUUAUUUUAUAUUUUUAGCAUAUUUUUUAAAUUGGGUUUCUCACUUAAUAGGCUGCUCCUGGUCUACCCCUGGACCCAGAGGUAUUUCAGUUCUUUCGGAAGCCUGUCCAACGCAGCUGCAAUUGCUGGAAAUGCCAAGGUACAGGCCCACGGCAAGAAGGUCCUGGGAGCUCUGGACAACGCCGCCCACCACUUGGAUACCGUUAAGGCCACUCUCCACGACCUCAGUGACAGCCAUGCCCACCGUCUGCAUGUGGAUCCAGAAAACUUCAGGGUAUGUAUUUAAUAUUAUUAUUAUUAUAUUCUAUAUAACUAUGGUCAUUCUUAAAUAAGACAUAGUUUAGUAGUUAUGAACAGUUAUUCUCUCCCACUGGCCAAAUUAAAGUGGAUAACAUUUAAGAUGAAUAGUGGUGUCCAAUUUACAUUUGAGGAAUUUCUUGUAAAAUUCUAAAACUUCAGCUUCCAUGUUGUCUGGCCAACCUCAACAUCAUGGGGAGUUUUAGUUCAUUAGUGGGUGAGGAGUUGCACUUUCUCAUUUCAUUUAGGCCCCACAAGCUUUGUUAAAAUAUUUUAAAACUAAUUAAGGGAUACACGGUUAGUGUAAUUAAUUAAAAUCCCAUGCAUUUCCUAAUUAAAAUAUUAAAGGACAACUGUCAUCAAAUUUUCACUUUUUUGAAAUGUUUAUUACAUUUAAUGAAACUUUUCAUCAAAUUUUUUUAUAUCUGUGUAUUUUUUAUGUUUUUGAGAAAAUACAUAUAUUUUUUUUUGUCUGGGCGAGCAGCCAGGUGGGAUCAGAUUUUACUGUUAAUUACCUGCUGGUUUGGUUGAGCAGCAGUUGGUCAGAUAACAGUAAGUUUGGUUGAGCAGCAGUUGGUCAGAUAACAGUAGAAUCUGAGCAAACAUUUCUACUCAGCCAGAUAAAAAACUUUAUUUUAAAAAAAUCAAUAUACAUAAAUUUAAAAAAAAAUUAAUGUACUAAAAAGGAACACUUGUAUAACUUUUAAAAGAAGAGAAAAUUUGAUGACAGUUGUCAAAAAAUAUUAACUGAAGAUAGCAUUGUAAGUAGGUCAUAUUUACCCAAAUUAUUUUUAUCACUGUGAUAUAAUUAAAAUAUUUUUGAUAAAUGUUAUGCUAUUAUAUCCUGUUUUUUUAAGUUUUUUUUUUUUUUACACAUUUUGAAGUUAAGGUUUAGUUGCAUGAUUAAUUUUACUUAUUAAAACUAACAUUUCAGUGAAAUUCAAUUCAAAAUGAAAGAAUAUUAAUGAAUUUUCUUUCUUUUGCAGCGUUUUGGUGAAGUGUUCGUGAUUGUUCUGGCUGGAAAAUUAGGAUCCUCCUUCAGUCCACCAGUCCAGGCUGCUAUUGAGAAAUUCUUUGCAGUUGUUGUGGAUGGUCUGAGCCACGAAUAUCACAACUAA